UGAUUAAACUCUCACAUCAUGUCGUCAUUAGAAGAGGCAACAGAGCUUAUAAGAGGUGCCCGCAAGAAAAUUCAAACAUUUAAAAAGGUAACUGAUUUUCAAAAUAAAUUUCAUUUUCCCAACGUAACGGUUCAUGUAAAGUUCAUUUUGUGAGUCCAAAGAAAAUGUUUACAAAAUUGGUUUUGCUGUUUAUGAUUUCCUGCCUUGACUAUUGUAUGACGCAUAAUACAACUGAUGAUUUCAAUGGAUCAUCUGUGAUGACAAUGUUUGAACGGAAGUCACGAGCUAAUCUGGUAUCAUUUGAGCCAUUGGGCGAACAUAUUCAAUUGGGCAUGGAUUUCCUACUGCCAUUUAUCAAAGUGCCAAUUGUUAGAACGGUCGAUGCUUAUGGCAAUGAGCCGGCUUUAAUUAAUAUCAAUACUGCGGCCUUAGUUUCCACCGGUCUAUUGGCAACAUCAAGUGCUUUGAUUUCCUAUAUCUUUAGAAGAUAUGUGGUACUUGGCAGAGAAGAAUCUUCUUCAGAGAAGCGCCGCAGAUCUGAUAAUGAUUUAGAGUUUGAAUUAUGGUCCGCUUUAAAUAAUUUCAAAUUGAUUUAUACAAAUUCUUCGGGGGCUAGAGUUGACACCUCUCUGGCUGGGCUAUUUGAAACGAUCAAUGAAACAUUUGAAAAUAAUGACAUUGACUUGAGUUCAUGUAUACAAAAAGCCAUUUGUAAACGUAUACAUUUAUCUGCCCGUCGUGUUAAUGAGGGCGAUUCAUCAGGUGUCGAUAAAAUUAUUGACGGUUUAAUGGGCAUUAAAUGGUUGAGAAAUUCCUUACGUCACACUUCUCUAAAAGAUGCUGUUGAUGCGAGAGAUGCUGUUGCAUUCUCCAAACAACGAAUUAAUGACAACAAACAGCCCGUUUAUUGCGAUAAAAAAUAUCCGCAAUGUAAAUGGUCUGUACCAGAAGAUAAUCUAAUUGAUAUAAUUUCAACUUAUUUGAAAUUUACAUGA